GCCGUUUCUACGGCGUUUCAUAGUUUUUUCCUUUCGAACAGUCACCUCCCUUCGUCUCUCUUCUUCUUCGUCGAUGCUAACCAUAAACGACAGAACGCCCACAGUUUAUUCCCUCUGGUUUUUUUUUCCUUCCUUUUCAUCCAAUAAUUUUGCUUCUCCUUCCUCGCCGCGGGCAGAAAGGAGAGGCAAUUAAACUUUUAUCCCUUUCUCUCUCAGUGUUUAUUUGGAUUGCGUUUCAUUCGAUUAUUGUCGUCUGAUCAAAGGCCCUAAUUCCGUGCGCCCCCAAUCCCCAUCCCUACAGUUGCUAAUGCUGCUGGUGUUUGCUUUCUAACUCUGGUUUCCGGCUGUAAUUUGUAUUGCAAUGGCGGCGGAAUGGGAUUGAACUAUUGAUUAACGAGCGACAGCGUCAGCGUACGAAAUCAGCAUAUCGAAUCUUUGAUCCUCUGCUUCACCUCAACUUCUUGAUGCUUAUUCUGCUGCCGCUGCCAGAAUUCCGUCCACCAACUAGCCCCUCUUCCCUUCCAUCAUGGCUCCAUUCUCCACACCACUCCGCAUGAUUCCCUUCAUCGGCAUCAUCAUCCUCCUCUUCUCUGCUGUUGCCCUUUCCCAGAAUCCUUCUACUACUACGACGACCCUUCCGUCCGCUCCUCAUAAGAAUGCCCGCAGCUCCGUCAUAGAUGGCACCGGCGCUGCUACUCAGGAUGAUACCGCGACAUUCGACGAUGCAUCCACCCAUCCUACCAAUCACAAUGGGGUCGCCAUUUCUACUGUUGCUUUGUUUACCUUGGCCAUGGCUGCUGCCACCGGCUUGGGUGCUCUCCCAUUUUUCUUUGUCGAGCUGGAUCCUCAGUGGGCUGGCUUGUGCAACGGCAUGGCCGCUGGAGUCAUGCUGGCUGCUAGUUUUGAUCUCGUUCAGGAAGGCCAGGCACAUGGAGCUGGCAGCUGGGUCAUGAUCGGAAUUUUGUCCGGUGGCGUCUUCAUCUUGCUCUGUAAGAAGUUCCUGGAACGAUAUGGAGAAGUCAGCAUGCUGGAUAUCAAAGGGGCUGACGCAACCAAAGUAGUCCUUGUUAUUGGAAUUAUGACUCUUCACUCAUUUGGAGAAGGCUCGGGAGUUGGGGUGUCCUUUGCUGGCUCAAAGGGUUUCUCUCAAGGGCUUUUGGUGACACUUGCCAUUGCUGUCCACAACAUACCCGAGGGAUUGGCUGUAAGUAUGGUUCUUGCAUCAAGGGGCGUUUCUCCUCAGAAUGCUAUGUUGUGGAGUGUCAUUACUUCCUUGCCGCAGCCCAUAGUAGCGGUUCCUUCAUUCAUCUGUGCUGAUUCCUUUAACAAGUUCCUACCCUUUUGCACCGGUUUUGCUGCUGGAUGUAUGAUCUGGAUGGUUGUUGCUGAGGUCCUUCCUGAUGCCUUCAAGGAAGCUUCUCCGUCUCAAGUGGCAUCAGCAGCUACAGUAUCAGUUGCAUUUAUGGAAGCACUCAGCACUUUGUUCCAGAAUUUCAGCCAUGAUUAUAACUCAGAGGAUGCUUCUGGCUUCUUCGUGUCGUUGCUUUUCGGUCUUGGUCCAUUGCUUGGUGGCAUAAUCCUUGUGGCAUUUGCUCUUGCAUUCCGUCUCCAACAUGCCCUCCUUAUGGGUUCAGCAUCUGGAAUUGCUUUUGUUCUUGCUGUGUGGCGACCAUUGCAGCUGCUUGUAUCUUCAAAGAUGGGAUUCAUACCUCUCGCAUUCUUACUAACAACAGGAGCAGCAUUCACCCAUACCCUAGGCUCCAGUGUCCUUGGUUUUGGGGGUCGCAAGAAAGUAUCAGCUAACAACUUGCCUUCCGUUUCUGGCUUUCCAAUGAGCAUUCACACCCUUCAAGCAUUCCUCUCUUGUGGAACAGUUGGGUUGCAUGCAUUGGCCGAAGGACUCGCCCUCGGAGUGGCUGCCCCAAAAGCUUAUGGGCUCGGACGGCACAUGGUUCUUCCUGUUUCCUUGCACGGUCUCCCCAGGGGCGCAGCUGUCGCCAGCUGCAUCUUUGGGGCCACUGACAGCUGGCAGAGUGGACUGGCAGCAGCUGCUUUGAUUGGGUUUGUUGGCCCGAUGUCUGCAAUUGGAUCGAUACUUGCAGGAAUCGAUUAUAGUGGUCUGGAUCAUGUGAUGGUUUUUGCAUGUGGAGGUUUGUUCCCAAGCUUUGCAACCAUUGUGAUGAGAGCCAGCCGAUUGGAUUCGCGAAAAACAAGCAUUGGUGUAGGAGUUGGAGUUGGGUUUGCUGUACUGUGUUUGACUUGUACUAAGCUGGUGUGUCUCCACACUCCUUACUGUAAUUCUGCUCCGGAGGCAGUCAGAUGAGGGAAGGGGAAAGGGAGAAACAAAGUCCACUUAUUUGAUAGAGAUAUAGGGUCGAUUUGGUAAACUAAGCAUAGAUUUGGAGGUACAUGGUGUAUACUGCUGCAUUUGUAAAAUUGUACAAUUGUGUCUUCUGUGACAUGCAAUCUUCUCUGAGACUGAUUUGAGAAAUGAAAUAUUGUGUUCUACAUUC